CAAAUUUUCGUUUUCCCUAAAAGCCAAACACGCCCCAAGUACGAAUACCAUGUUGAACAAACGCAUAUUUACAUACACACACCACACAGUGCGGUGCCCUCCGAUUUCUGAUCUUUUCUUUUCUUCUUCUCUACUUCGUCUCCUCUGUUUCAUUGCUUAUUCACCUUCGCAACCGUACUACCUUUUCAACCUCUUUCCCAAUUCUUGCCGGAAGAUAGCAGAGGGAGGUAAAAAGAAGACCAGAAAAAAAAGGGGUUUACUUGGUUUUAUUUUAUUUUUUAUUUUUUACAGGUGGUGGUUUUCCGAUGGCGGCGCCGCCGGUGAAAUCGCAGCCAUUGCACAACUUCCCUCUGUCCUACCUGAGAUGGGCCCGCAAGAAAUCGUCCUCCGCCGCACCCGGCCCUGUCCCCCACCACGAUCGGCCCCGCCGCUGCGUUUCCCCUGAUCAAGGCGGCCUCCGGUGUCCCGACCCGGAGUCCGACCACGACGACCCUGUAAAGAAUCCUCCGGACGAUUCGGACCCAAAGGACACCGUUCUAGCUGCUCCUGCUGCGGCGGCGGUUGAGGAGGAAGACGAGGAGGAGGAGGCCAAGCCGUGGAACCUGCGGCCGAGGAAGGAGGUAGCGAAGGGAACGAGCUGUGCAGAGAAAAACGAUAAGAAGAACACUGUUAGCUGCAACGGGCUAAAGUCGCAGAGGCUGAGGGGCAUGGCGGAAGGGGCGCACAAUGGCGGGGGCGAGAGGGAGGGAAAGAGGAAAAUCUGGAUUUCUCUUUCGAAGGAGGAAAUCGAAGAGGAUAUUUACUCUUUUACCGGCGGCAAGCCUUCCCGGCGGCCGAAGAAAUGGCCUAGGAAUGUUCAGAAACAGCUAGAUAACGUAUUUCCCGGAAUGUAUUUGGUUGGGGUUUCAGCUGAUUCGUAUCGAGUUAUAAUGUCCUGGUAUGUCUUGAUCUUAGGUGGAUGUGAAGUCAAAUGGAGGCUUGAAUGCAAAGUGGGUUAUUUCCCACAAUGAUUUGUCGGUUUUUUGAGUCGAACUCCAAUCCUCCGUUCGGGGUAAAAGAAAAGAUAAAAGAGGUAGGCCCAAAUGAAGUUGGAAGUUGCAAUGAUGGGCCCAGGUGAAAUUUGCAAAUUGUGAUGAUGGCCCAAUUGUCUCAGGUCGUUAGUCCAACUCCAACAGCUGCUUUAUAAUGUGUAAUUUAUUUAUAAGUAUAUUGUUAUUUGCGGUUUAUUUUUAUUAUUGGUUUUCAAA